AUGGUUAAGGUAACAUCGCGCACGUUAAUUGCGACAGCAUUAUUUGCUACAGAAGUUAUAUGUAGGGUAGAUUCUACCACUGAAGUUAGAGUCCUGAAGAUAGUUGACGAGGAUGCUGACGAUAGUGGAAUAAAAAGGUAUGUCAGAGAUGGCGGGCAGAAAGUGCUUGACUCUCUGCAGGCUCCAUUUAGUAUUUUUAAGGGUUCUGAUGACUAUGAGGUCAGUGUGUCUGACACUGGUGACGAAGAACGCCCCUGGUGGAAAUUCUGGGAUUCGUACUCUGAUUCAGAAGACUCAGAAGAUUGGUCGACGUCAAACGGUGAAUCUAGCAUCUCUACUUGGUUAUUUAAUACCUGGAAUGAUCAUGAUUUGAAAAGCUUGUUAAAAAAGGCUAAGGUUUCGGUUCCAAGUAAUGCUUCCAAGGACGAUCUCGUUAAUGCUGCUAAGAAAAACUACCAGAAGGUCUGUGACCACUUGGGUGUUACUGGUGCGGGCUUUGACCCCUCCUACUUUAAGUACUGGGAUGAAUCCAGUUUAAAGAAUUGGUUGGAUACUUACGGCAUUUCGUAUGACAAAGGCGCCGCCACUAAGGAGUCACUCUUGGAAAAAGUCAAGAAAAACAUCUUCAAAGCCUCUAGAUGGAUUGAUGAUGAGCGCUUUGAGCUAUUGUCCUCUUCAGAUGUGGUGAAUGACAAAUUCAGAGAAACUGGUAACUUUGGUCAUGUGAACUUCAAAAAUUGGUCAGUCGAUAAGUUGAAGACAUGGUUAAACAUCCACGGAGUAAAGGUAAGCGAUAAGGUUGCCAACGAUGCUGAUUCCUUGGCUGAACUUGCAGAGCAAAAGAAGAACUUCUUGAAAGACGAUAUUCGCUGGCUCAAGGAUGUUGCGGAUGAAAAGUUCAGUGAGUAUAUAGUCAAGGAUUCUGAAGGUGGUGAAUCCAUGUGGGAUAAGACUAUUGGUAAGUUAAAUAGCCCCGGGAGCAUUUUCUCCAAUAAAGAAGACGAAGAUGGCGAUAUCAUAAACGAUACUUUCCAGAUAGACGUUGAGUAUUGGCCAAAGGAAAGAUUAAAGCAAUUCUUGGAUGCCAGGGACAUCAGCUACUCUAAGUUGUCUACUCGUAAGCAGUUGGUCAAGCAAGUUAUGAGAAAUAGGAACAAACCUCUUACCAACUUUGGGGACGCUUCGAAGUGGUUUCAUGGUUUGACCCUUGGAAAACUUGAGGAAAGUAUUAUGAACAAGAUUAGAAGCGGUCAGGAUAUGAUCGACGGCGCAGUGGAGAGUGCCAAGAAUAAGGGAGGUGAAUUCGCAGAAGGCGUAAAAAGAAUGGGAAGUGAAUUCGCAGGCAACGUCAAGGAAGAAGGUAGCAACAUUGCUGGUAACAUCAAAGACAAGGGCAGCAAUAUCGCUGGCAGCAUGAAAGACAAGGGUAACCAAAUGGCAGGUGAAGCCAAGGCUAAGGGUUACCAAAUGGCCGGAGAUGUUAAGGCUAAAGGGAACCAAAUGGCCGGAGAUGCCAAGGCAAAGGGUCAUAAGAUGGCUGGAGAUGCCAAGGCAAAGGGCCAUAAGAUUGCUGAUGAUGCUAAGGCUAAAGGUCAUAAAAUGGCCGGCGAUGCUAAAGCGAAAGGCGAACAUAUAGCCGCUAACGUCAAUUACAAGGGCGGAAACAUCGCUGAUGUCAGAGAUGAGUAUGUCGUCGAUGACGUAUAUGACGUCUAUGUAGAGGGAGACAGCAUCGUUGACAACAUUAAAGAGAAAGGCGGGAACUUAGCGGGUGACAUUAAAGAUAAAAUGAGAUCUGUGGGCUCCGAUAUCCGUUCUCAAUCUGGAAAAGUCAGCGAAUCUGUUAACAAGAAAUUAGAUGACUGGAACAGCGUUUUCGAAUCUUGGUCCACAGAAGAUCUAACAAAAUAUUUGAAAAGCUUUGGUAUUCAUCCUCCUAAGCAAUCCAAAAAGGAGAAGCUAGUAAAAUUAGCUACGGCCAACUCGAGAUCUUUCUUUGGCUCGCGUGCGGAACCAACUCCUAUCUACGGUAGGUUGCCACAGAAAAUUAAAGAAUGGACAACCUUUGGUUAUUCUUACAUCUUCAACAACUAA